AUGGCGUAUAACCAAGGUCCAGGCGGCUACUACCCUCAGCAGCAAUAUGGGAACGUCCCUUACCAGGACCAGAGCCAGUAUCCGGUUCAACAGCCGUCGCAACAAUACCAACAGCAGCAACCACAAUACCCACACCAGCGCCAUGCUUCUCAGGGAGGACCGCCGGUGUCUCUUGAUUCAAGCUGGCAUCAGAGCGUGGAUGGCAUCUCCUACUCAAUAACAAACCGCGACACAAACUCGAUGUUGAAUGUCCGGAUUCCACAAGGUGUCGUGAUCAAAUCCAAACCUGGGGCCAUGAUUCAAAUGUCCCCGAGCAUCGUCCUCCAGGGGAAGAUCAAGUUCAGCAUGAAGAAGAUGUUCACUGGUAGCGAGAUGGCUGAAUCGUUGUAUACUGGACCAGGGGAAGUGUCGCUGGCUCCGACACUGUUUGGUGACAUCACCGCCAUCCCCAUCAAUGGUGACGAGGGAUGGAAUUUGGGCAAAGACGCUUUCCUAGCGUGCACCGGUGAAGUCAUCAGAGAAAACAAGACUCAAGGGCUUGGGAAGGCUCUGUUCAGUGGGGAGGACUUGUUCGUGUACCGCCUCAGUGGAAGAGGCACGAUUUGGGUGUACUCGUUCGGCGCCAUAGUGACACGAGAUCUCCAAGCGAAUGAACAACACAUCGUCGACAAUGGGCACCUUGUUGCCUGGAACUGUCGAUACACAAUCGAAAAGGCCGGCAAUUCAAAGAUGCAUAGCAUAAAGACCGGGGAGGGACUCGUGUGCAGAUUCACAGGCCCAGGGAGGAUUUAUAUUCAGACCAGGAACCAGGACGAAUUCGCAGAGUGGGUGGCCGCACAAGCUCCAAGCGGAUGA